AUGCGAUCGCCUUGCUCGUGUGUGUCCUCCACCACCCUCCGCGCGCACUCGUCCCCAACACCCGUUACCCCUGCUCUUCCCCACGCCCCGUGCGCCCAUGAGCAGCACGGACUCCCCCCCCCCGCCACCAGCUCGCGCACCAUCUCCGCGCUGCCCGCCAUGGCGCGCCCCGCGUGGCGAAUCAUUUCCACGCCGCAUUCUGCUCUGCGCGUGCUCAACACCAUUGUGGACGGCCGCACCAAGAUCAUGAACGCGCUCACCUCCAUCCGCGGUGCGUGCAUUCCCGCAUUCCCGUCCCUGCAGGAAUCACCGUGGGCUGCGACACUACUGGCGCGGCAGGCGUCCUACUAUUCGCUCACGCUCGACGAAUUCCAGGCGACGUUCGCAGGGGCGUCGCACCAACGCCGUCUGGCUCCGUCUGGCUCGCCGAGGAGUCGCAGAUGUUCGCCGCCGCGAAAGCCGCUGGGCGCGCAAAUCCGCGUGCGUGUGACAGGGCUGCUGUGCGCGUUCUCGCUGCGGCGGCAGAACUCCAGUGCGGCGAUCACACGGGUCGCUGGGAGCGCAGGGAGCGCAGGGAGGGGGUUCACUGGGGUCGCUGGGGGAGCUGAGGGAAGCAAUGGGAGUGCAGGGAGCGAUGGGACCCGCCCCUCCAGUGGUGGGAUUGCCAUGGGGGUGGGCAUGGGAGGGGGCAUGGGCGGAGGCGUGGGCGGAGGCGUGGGGAUGGGUGGGGGAAUGGUGCCCACUGUGUAUGGUGUGGGCGCAGGCAUGGGCGCAGGUAUGGUCGCAAGCAUGGGCGCAGGUAUGGUCGCAGGGAUGGGCGCAGGGGGGCUGUGGGGGCUUGCUGGGGCGGGCAUGGUGGCGGCGGAUGAGGUGGGGGGCGGGGGAGAGAGGUGGGGGGGGCAUUCCGUGCCAUUCCGAGCUGACCUGGUGCUGCCCUGUGCAGGCCCUUCCAGCCAGAACCGCACUGCACCAUUUUGGAAGCUGCCAUCCGCACCAAGGUGGGCGCCCUGCCUCUCGGGUGUCUUCCUCCUCUCUCCCCUCCCGCACCUGCAUUGCGCCCCACACACCCUGCAUCACCGCUCCCCCGCUCUACCAGUCACCUGCCCCCUGCGGUACCGCCAUCGUGCUUCUCUGCCCGAUGCCGUCAAGAAGCUGGCGCGGCGGCUGUUGUUUGACAAGAGUGCGAGCGACAACCACGAGCGCAGCAUUCUCACCAAGCUCAAGCAGCAGUGCGGCGGCCACUUCACCUCCAAGAUGGAGGGCAUGGUCCGUGUCUCCCUCAACGCGCACACACACAUCUGCACCCCCCUCCCCCUGCACUCCUGCUGCCUAUCAUUUGCACUGCUUACUCACACAGCCAUCCGGGUGACGGAUCUGACGCUGGCGCCGGAGCAGCAGGCGGCGUUUGAGGAGUAUCUGGCGGACAGCCCCGGGCACAGUCCGGGCAUAGACCUCUCCGUCACCGUGCUCACCACCGUCUUCUGGCCCUCCUACAAGUCCUCCGACCUCGCGCUGCCCGCUGAAAUGGUGCGGUGUGUGGAGGUGUUCAAGGAGUUUUACCAGACGAAGACCAAGCACCGCAAGCUGAUGUGUAUCUACUCGCAGGGCACGUGCAACAUCACGGGCAAGUUCACAGCGAAGCCCAUCGAGCUCAUCGUCACCACGUACCAGGCCGCAGUGCUGCUGCUCUUCAACGCGUCUGAGCGCCUCACGGACGAGGAUAUAGUGCGCCUGCUGCACUCGCUCUCCUGCGACAAGUACAAGAUUCUCGUGAAGAAGCCCGCCGGCAAGACCAUUGAGCAGAGCGACGUGUUCGCUUUUAACCCCUCCUUCACAGACAAGAUGCGGCGCAUCAAGGUCUGCGCUCUUCCUGCCUGCCUGGUGUAUUUUGCACGCCCCUCUCGUGUUUGCUUAACUGUGGAAUGCCGUCUGGGUGUUGCUGCCCUUGUCAUGGCCCAGUUGCCAGCCGCCAUGCCACAGGCGUCUCACAACUCUCUUCCUGACCCAUGGCGGGUGCGCUGCCAUGCUGUGUUCUGUGGCGGUGUGUGUGUGGAGACGAGCAGGUGCCACUGCCGCCAUAGACGCGUCCACUGUGCGCAUCAUGAAGAGCCGCAAGGUGCUGGGCCACCAGCAGCUCGUGCUCGAAUGCGUCGAGCAACUAGGCCGCAUGUUCAAGGUAACGCCCCUCCCUCCUCACACACCUUACCCGCCUGCGCCAGUCGUUUACUCUCGUUGCUGUCUUGUAAAUUUUCUGCCAAGGUAACCGGACAUAAGGCGAUCAAGAAGCGCACUGAGGAUUUGAUUGCGCGUGAGAACCUGCAGCGUGACAAGGAGAACCCCACCAACUUCAGAUACCUCGCUUGA